AGCCGGAGCGCAGACGGAGCAGUGGACGGUGGAGAGCUGAAACCAGGAGGGAGGCUGAAGAAGGAGAGAACAGAGAGGAGAAGUCUCCUCGGUGCCACGUGGAGACACCAAAACCAAACUGCAGGAGCAGCAUCAGAGUCCGAUCAGCGGUGAAAGUAGAGAAGCAGAAGGAAAACGGAGCUCCUGUUCGUCCCCCCGCUUCAGCAGCGCAGGGAGGAGACACGCAGAGGAGGAAAGAUUCCCCUAAACGCAGUGAGAGCCUCGGAUGAGGAGAAGAGGAGAGCGGAGGGCAUCGGAUAGGCAGCAACAAGGAUGGCAGCUCCAGACUUAUUGGACCCUAAAUCCGCCACUCACAACACUAAGCCCCGCCUCUCCUUCUCCACAAAGCCAAUCACACUGACUCCUCGGGAGGAGAGCGAGAUGGUUGCCACGGUGAUGAAGUGGAAGACGGUGACAGCCAUCUUUCUUCUGGUGGUUCUGUACCUGGUGAUGGGAGCAGCCGUCUUCAGAUCCCUGGAGCAGCCUCACGAGAGUGCUCAGCGUUUGGCCAUCCUGUCCCAGAAGCUGGAGUUUCUGUCCAAGCACUCGUGUGUCAACCAGAGCCAGCUGGAGGAGCUGGUUAAGCAAGUUGUGUCUGCCAUCCGUUCAGGAGUGAACCCUGCAGGAACGCUGACCAACCACAGCAGCCUGUGGGACCUGAGCUCGGCCUUCUUCUUUGCUGGGACUGUCAUCACAACCAUCGGAUUUGGGAACACGUCUCCCCACACUGAAGGUGGAAGAAUAUUCUGCAUCGUCUACGCGUUGUUAGGGAUACCUCUGUUCGGCUUCCUUCUGGCCGGUGUAGGAGAUCAGCUCGGCACCAUAUUCGGCAAAGGAAUCGCCAAAGUGGAGAAAAUGUUUGUGCACUGGGACAUCAGUCAGACUAAGAUCCGGGUCAUAUCCACCCUGCUGUUCGUGCUGUUCGGCUGCCUGCUGUUUGUGGCGCUUCCGGCAGCCAUCUUUAAGCACAUCGAGGGCUGGUCUGCUCUGGAGUCGCUCUACUUUGUGGUCAUCACCUUGACUACCAUCGGAUUUGGGGACUUUGUUGCAGGUGCAGAUACAGAAAGUAAUGAAACACACUCUUCACAUCUGUCCAAGUCUCUGCUUCACAUUGAUGUCUCCCAUCAGGUGGUGAAAAACUAACUGUUUUUGUGUCCAGGUGGGUCAGAAAUAGAAUACCUGGACUACUAUAAACCAGUUGUGUGGUUCUGGAUCCUGGUGGGACUGGCCUACUUCGCUGCUAUCCUCAGCAUGAUAGGAGACUGGCUCCGAGUCAUCUCCAAGAGGACCAAAGAGGAGGUCGGGGAGAUCAGAGCUCAUGCUGCAGAGUGGACGGCUAAUGUCUCUGCAGAGUUUAAAGAAACUCGUCGUCGUGUCAGCGUUGAGAUCUACGACAAGUUCCAGCGUGCAGCGUCAAUUAAACGCAAACUGUCCUCAGAGCUGGGCUUCAGUCCAGCACCAGAACUCACUCUGCCCAGGAGGACUGUGUCGGUCAACUUCAACGACGAGCGGGACAAGACCGAGAGGGAUGCCGGACUACAGGGUUUGACAACACCUCUGACCAGAAACGGUGGUUUGUACAUGAACGGUUUGGACCCAGAGAGAGGAGAUAUCUCAAUUAUUGAACACCUCAAGUAGAACGAGGACAGUCAGCACCUUUCAGGAUCCUUCCAAAUCUUUUCAGCGUGUCAUCACUGGUCUCAUCAGUGCUGCUCGACCAAAUGAACUGUUUCCACUCAAAUCUAGUAAUGUGCAACUUUGUUACCCCAACAGGGGCAUCUUCACCCUCUGCAGGGACAUAAGAGGAGGCUUGCUUCAGUGGAUUUCUGACAGCAGGACACAACUCAUUACAAAAAUGAAAAAGCGUAUCAGGAAUAUAGAGAGCAUGAACGUCAUGAAUUUACUGGAUGUCUGUCAGCUUCAACUAAAUCCCAAGUAUGCCUCCGAGGAAAGCAGAUUUGCUGAUUGGCAGUGAUUUGGGAUCAGUCGUUAACCUUUUCUAAAGGACUAUGGAAGUUACAUUUCUAACAUACUGUGUACACUGAACAGCCAUAACAUUAGAACUACAGGUGAAGUAAAUCACAUUGAUCAUCUUGUUAAAACACAAUGUUCUGCUGGGAGACAGAGAGUCCUAGCGUUCACGUGGAUGUUAUGACACCGCCAUCCACCUAAAUACUGUCUCAGACAAAGUUCAUUCCCUGUGGUCUUUGCACUUCCAGCAGGGCAGUGUUCAAUGCCACAUGGAAAAAACUGCUUGAGGAACAUGAACAAGAGCUUAGGGCAAUGGCCUGGCCUAAACUCCCCAGAUCCUAAUUCGAUCAAGCAGAAGAACAAGCUUCAUUCAUGGAGAUCACACUCAGUGAAUCACAGGAUCCACGACCGAUGUCCCGGCGCCAGACACCGUGAAGGUCGAGAUGUUUUUGACCACAGAAAGGGAAUCUAAACAGUAUCAGGCAGGUGGUUUUAAUGUUGUGGCUGAUUAGUGUACAUAAAACAAUGGUUUUUGCUGACCUAAUAUUGAAGUCAGAGGGUGUGUCAAUGGUAACCACCUGUGUUUGCUCUCUGUCUGCAUCUUGCAUAUUAGAGUUCUGCAGAGUGUGACUGACUGCAAAGACUGGCUGGUGUCAAAUGUUACCACCACGAACCCCAUAACACUGUUUUAAGGAUAAUUCUGUUUAUAUCUGAGUGACAAUGACAAUCACGGUCUGCUGAGAUGUUCCUUAUAGGUGGAAUAUAAAUGGUAUUAGAACUGUACACAAAGAAAUAAUGUCUGAACUACAAACAUGGUAGACUGUGUCUAGCAGGUCUUCUACAUUAACAUGGAGCUAAUUUUAGAGAUGUUUUUAUGACAUUUUACACAAACGAUGGAAAAGACCAUUGUUGCCAAAAAUAAGUUUGGCAAUUUAGCUCCUGCACAAAAGCUUAUUUAAAACAUGAUACAUAAAGGUGUGGUUUAAUAAUGUUUUAAUUUAAAGCUUUUUGCUGAAUGUAAUUAUACCCGUGUUAUAGAGCAGCUCAGAUAAAUGAGGUUUUCCCUCUUUAGUCAAAACAUUAGAUUCUUGAUGAUUGUUAACUUUUGCAUAUUACAGUGGUGUUGCUAACAGUUAUAAUCACUCCAACAAACCACUGUGAUGCUGAAAAGCAGCACUGUUACUGAUAUUUUUAUUAGAUGCCAACAUAUUUUGAUUAUAAAAGUUGUUGGUAUAGAAUUAUCCUUCUUUCUAACAAGUACAAGCCAUUGCUUUUCACAAACAUGAUGUUUAUCAGCAUUUUUUUCUACUUUUCAGAAACCAAACAUUUAUUUGUUCUUCACUGGAGAACAAUAUUAAAAUAUUUAAAGACUGUGGCAGUUUUCCAGUCACGUCUCAUGUCUGUCUUACAGUUCUGCUGCCAUCAGCUUUUAUUCUUACUGCAGAUCUCUGUGUGAUGGUGUCAGCUUCACAUUUGUUUUUAUUAGAGGGCACUGCGGCAUCACACAACUCCUCUCAGUUUUACAGAAGAAGCAUUAUUUCCGUGUGGUUUAAGUUGGGCCUCUGAAUCUGGAUGCAUUUUAAAAGAAUUAACUCUAUGAACACUGCAGUGCCUCAAACUCUUCACACUGUUGACAAGACCAAGUCCAACGCCACGUGAGGUUAACAACACAUUUUGCACAAGAGUUACAUUUCACUGAGCUGCAUGGUGACACUGAAACAGUUAUCUGUGCUAAUUUGGUUUACUUCAAAUGAGGCACAUUUCUGUCAGUAUGUUUCUAUUCCAGCAAAACCAUUUUUGUUAUUGUCAGUCAUAUUGUUCUAUUAGCCCAAACACCGACAAAAUCAGCAUCUAAAACAAGCUGUGAUUUUAUGGUUCAGGUUCUGUAAUGUAUCAGCAUCAUACUGGCCUUCUGUUUACCUUCUGUUCAUCAACCCAAAGCUGCUAGAACUCACAGCGAAUGCCUUGUCUGAAUACCACAUAUUUAAAUACUUUUUUUUUUGCAAACAAUUCUGGAAUUGCAAGGACAUUUGUAAUAUCUUAUUUUGUGUUGCUCAGUAUUUUUCAGGCCUUGAAGAUAUAAUGGAUUGGAUUAAAGUGUCCUUUUGUUUAAAAGUUUUACUGAAGAAAGAGAUGAAGGUUGGAGUGUUUGACUGUCACAGAUGUGCACAGUGACGACAAGUCAUGAAAGUCCAGCUUUCACACACACACCUGCCGUUAAAAAUGCACUUUGAGUCAACAGUCGUUCAAUGUAACAUCACGGCUUCCACAGAGAACCAGUCCAUCCACUCACAGGACUUUGAUUAUUGUCAUGUGGCAUUAAUGACAACUAAACGAUUUAGCACACAAACUUCUUCUCUUGAAUAACCCACACAAGAGAAUUCAAUCCAUUGAUUAUCUCUCUCACACACACAAGACUUGUGUGAAAAAAAUACUGUAAAUCUAAUAGCUUCAAAAAAUUGAUGUUAAUUUACUGAAAGGUGAAUAAAUCAAUCAAGUGACUGUAAUGACAAAGGAAACUAGAAAUAAAUCUUUAGUGCAGCCUGUAGGUAUUUUAUAGACCAAUAAUACACUCAGAACAGCAGGUAAAGUAUCAGAAUAGAUUAAAAAUAUUAGUCAAAUAUGGGACCCUUUAUUUAGUCCUCAUUGAAAUGCAUUCAUAGGAGGUGACAGAGGUUCUUUUAUUUUCACUGGAUGCACUGGACAUCCUAAUUGAAUGGAUGGAAAGAUGGGAAAGUGAAGUUCUAUGGAUGUUUUAACUUUUACAAUAGAAGUGCUUUUAAUUUAUGAAUUAACUCAGAGUUUGUAUGGUUCAGUACUAACACUGAAUAGAAACAACAGCAGCAUUACGCUGGUAUGUCGUUGCCUUCUCUCUUUGCUAUUCAGCAUGCCAUUGUUACGCAACCAUCUGUUUUUAGCCGUGCUAAAAUGAAACUUUUUCAUUUUUCAUUCUGUGCUACAUAUAUUAAUGCUUUUUAUGACAACAACUGUAUUUUUCUAAACUGUUUGUACUUGUAGAGACGCUGAUGAGUCUGGAAAAGACAUUGUAAUAAUAAUAAUAAUACUGUCUGUAGAGCUAACCUCUAAUGUAAAAGAUUUUUGUACAAUGUAUGACUUGAAAUAUACCAACUUUGGAUUCUU